UAGAAAACAAUGGGGGCUGUUCAUCUUUAUUGCUAACAUGAUUACCUUCUACGCGAAUAGUACAAUUACAAGGGAUGAUGCGUCCAAUCAAUUUCCCUUGAGAAAAAUAUUUGAAUAAACAACAGAAAGAUCUUUGGUCAUCCAAUUCUGAUACAGAAUCUAUGCUCAGUGCUCACCCCUUUGGUUUCGCUCCAAUCGCUUCUGCGCCUUUGGCCCACAAACAGCUCUUCCCCACCAACAAAAAAUACCUUCCAUUUCUUUCCUUCACUUCACCUCUGCAACUUCAAUAAAUAAUUCUCAAAAACUUUCUUGCUGUUGGAAUAAAUAUAUAUAAAUAUCAAAAGGGCCGAAAAGAUUUGUAAAAUAAUAAAAACCCAUCUUGGAUUUUUGUUUGUUUGUAAUGUUUAUUUAUUUGUAUUAGAUUAUUAUUAUUAUUUUUGGGGUUGUGGUAUACGUACUUGUAUACGUAUAUAUACUUAUAUAUAUAUUUGUACGGAUAAGCUUGCCGGCGAUGCCGACGCCGGUGGGCGUAGCGCGCCAAUGCUUGGCGGCUGCUGCGGCAUCUGUUUUGGAUGACGCCGUAGCUGUGGCGAAGCGGCGGGGCCACGCGCAGACGACGUCUUUGCAUACCGUAUCGGCGCUACUAGCUCUACCUGCCUCAACUCUCCGGGAGGCUUGCGCACGCUCCAGGAGCAGCGCGUACUCUCCACGCCUCCAGUUCUGUGCUCUGGAACUCUGCGUAGGUGUCGCCCUCGAUAGGGUUUCGGUCUCGAAGUCCGCCGGCGACGAGCCGCCGGUUUCGAAUUCCCUGAUGGCAGCAAUCAAGAGAUCUCAGGCCAAUCAGAGGCGCCAUCCGGAAACCUUUCAUCUGUAUCAGCAACAGCUGAGUUCGAAUUCUCAGAAUUGUCCUCCGAUUUCAGCGGUGAAAGUUGAGUUAAAGCAUUUCAUAAUAUCCAUUUUGGAUGACCCGAUAGUCAGCCGGGUAUUCGGUGACGCGGGUUUCCGGGCGCACGAGAUAAAGUUGGCGAUUCUAAAUCCUCUCAGCACGUCGAGGUUCUCGUCGACUACCUCUCGCCCCCCGCCCCUGUUCCCGUACAGUUUGAGUGAUCUCGAACUGAACAAACGCGGCCCUAACUUCCCGUUCGCCGAGACUGCUGCUACAGAAAACGCUGAUGACAAUUCAAGAAGAAUAGGGGAAAUUCUUUUGAAGAGAAGUAGGAGAAAUCCGCUGCUCAUUGGUGUUUGUGCAAGUGAUGCGCAUAGGAAUUUCUUAGAUUGUUUAAAAAGGAGUGAAACUGGAGUUCUACCAAAAGCCAUUGAUGGUUUGAGUGUGGUUUCGGUCGACCACGAGAUGUACGAGUUUAUCAGUGGUUCUAUGAAUGAAGAGACAAUGGAAAUGAAGUUUAAACAAAUGGAUGAAAUGGUGGAGGACUGCCAAGGGCCUGGGAUUAUCGUAAACUGUGGGGACUUAAAGGCGUUUGUGGAUGUCGAAUCGGUGGAUUCUGUUAAUUAUGUGGUGUCUAAGCUGAAGACAUCAUUGAUCAACUCUGGUGGAAAAUUGUGGUUGAUUGUGUUUCUUUCACGUGAUGAUGAUUAUAAGAAGCUAUUAGAGCGGAUUCCGUCAAUUGAGAUGGACUGGGAUUUGCAUCUCCUGCCCAUUACCACUUCCAUUGGAGGAAAGUGUUUCAAAUCCAGCUUGAUGAGGUCAUUUGUCCCAUUUGGUGGAUUCUUUUCCUUGCCAUCUGAGCUUGAAAGUGUAUCCAGCAGUGCAACUCCAUCCUUGAGACUUUGCAACUUGUGCAAUGAAAAGUAUGAGAAAGAAGUCUCUGCUGUUCUGAAGGGAGGCUCAAUAGAUUCAGUCGCUGACAAGCAGUUGGUAAAUCUAUCCUCUCGGCUGCAAAGUACUGAAUGUGAAACAAGCAGGAAAUCUAGCAUAGUACAGGCCAAAGAAGACAAAAUCAUAUUGGAUUCCAGAGUUAUGGCGUUGCGGAGGAAAUGGGCUGACAUCUGCCAGGGCCUCCAUUGUUCUUGGACAUCUGAACAGGAUAUUUCUCCAGCCAAGUCACAUACUUCUAGUGUUCCAUCUCUACAAAAUGUUCCUACCUGGAAGGACACUGCUGUUACGGGUUCAUUUUUAAAUGAAAACAGAGUCACUAACUUAAGUCCUUGCACGUCUUCAGAAUUGGAAAACAAUUCUCUGUCAAGGCAAAAUAUCCCUAGGCCUGUUUUGUCGAGUGCUGGGCUUAUUGCAGUAGCAGAAAGAUCAGUCCAAGGUUUUGAGUUGAAUGACCUUGGGGACCUCUCCACUUCUCAGCAAAAGAUGAGCCCAUCUAUUGCUUGUACGUCUCCACUCUCCAUUUCUGUGGCCACAGAUUUGAGGCUUGGAACACUUUAUGAUUCUGCUGAGGAAUGCAGAAGAAAACCCAACUUGCCGGAGUAUGACAAUGGCAUUCGGAACUUUGAAUCAUCUAGAAGCCAUGAGAAAUCUCCCAGUCAAGUUGCACAGUCUUCAUCUUGCUGUCAUCAUCUUGAGAAACAGGUGUUGUAUAUGAAAGACCUUGAACACCCGUGGAAAGUUCUGGCUGAGAAGUUUUACUGGCAGAUGGAAGCCAUUCAAACUAUUAGUCGAACACUGUCACGUGUCAGAAAUGAAAAUAGAAGCUAUCAUUGCUCAAAUAGAGGAAAUGUUUGGCUCAGCUUUCUGGGACCUGAUAAAGUGGGGAAGAGAAAAAUAGCUGCUGCUGUUGCUGAGAUAGUUUUUGGCCGAAAGGAACACUUGCUAUAUUUGGAUCUAAGCUCUGAGCAUGUGGUUGGACCGUUUGACUCAAUUGUUGAUUGCUAUGCCUCAAAAUAUUGUAACAUAAACGCAGGGAGGAAAAUGAUGGUUGAUUACCUUGCUGGUGAGCUGCACAAGCAUCCUCAUUCUGUUGUGUUCCUUGAAAAUGUAGAAAAGGCAGAUAUCUUGGUUCGGAAUAGUUUAUCUCAAGCCAUCAAAACAUGUAAAUUUCGAGAUUCCCACGGUCGGGAUAUCAACAUCAAGGACAAUGUGUUUAUCCUUGCAUCGAGUGUCCUAAAGGUCAGUGGAGAUCUCCUUUUCGGCAAAUUAGGAUCUGAAUUUCCAGAAGAAAAAGUAUUAGAGGCCAAAAAUUUGCAGAUGCAAAUUGUAGUAGGAUCUGCAGGUGGAAUUUACACCAGGAACAAUAGUACGAAUGUUUCAGUUACCCCAAGUAAAACAGACCCUAACCAUUUUCCUGUUAAUAAAAGGAAAUGGAACAAUGACGACUCUUCCAACACUGAGUUGUCAAAACGAGCCUGUCGAUUGCCCAGCUCCAUCAUUGACUUAAAUUUACCUGUGGAGGAUAUGGACGACGACAGUGACAUUGAUAUAAGGGAUGAUAGUAAUGACAGCUCAGAUAAUUCGGAAGUGUGGUUGGAAGGAUUGCUUGAGCAUCUUGAUGAAAACGUGGUCUUCAAACCAUAUGAUUUUGAUUCUCUUACUCACAAAAUAUUGAAGGAGAUCGAUGCAUGGUUAAAGAAAGUAGUUGGCGACAAAAUUUUGCUAGAAAUUGAUAGAGAAGUAAUUGUUCAAAUACUCGCAGCUGCUUGGUCAACCGACAGAAAAGAUGCAUUGGAGGAUUGGAUCGAACAGGUCCUCUGUCCGAGUGUGAAGGAAGCCCAAGAAAAGUGCAAUGUUACUUCUGGUUGUGUAAUGAAAUUAGCACGCUGUGAUGGCCUUGUUGCAGAAGCACAGGCUCCCGGAGUGUGCCUUCCAGCACGGAUAAGUGUGAACUGAUAUUCAUCCAGGUGUGCUUUUUGUAACUCUUGUAUGAUGUUGUUAAUAUGCGGAAUCAUUCUCACAGUCAAGUGGUCUCAUAAUGCAUUAUUAGUCCCUUUUCCACAACUUACAAGCACUAGAUGGUUCUCGUAACAUUCGUUCUAGACUUUCUGCAAGUGGCCUAGCUUCUCUUUUUUGUGAAUUGUCUUCGGAGAUUUCUCCUUCUCACUGAUAACUUGCAGUUUGCUUGCACAUAUAAUGUGUACUGAAUGAGAAGUUGGAGGAUCAGACAUCUCUAAUAUGUACAUUGAUCCAAAAUUAAUCAGCAGAGAAAACAGUUUCUGUGUUUCAAUUGUAUGUCUUGCGCUCUAUCUGAAGUUGAUCUAUCUGAAUGUUUUCUGCUUA